AUGGACGCUUUGAAGGUCAACACUCGAGAUCCGUGGAUCAUCUACGAAGUCCUGAGCAAACUCGAUCACGAGACACAGAUGCUAUGGUCGCAGGAGCAGUCAGACGUGCCAACAUGGGACGAGUUUAAGGUUACUCAAGACAAUCCUCAAUCAGUUUCCGAGGAUCAGAAGAAGCCAGCCGUGCUGAGUAGCUUUCUUCCGUCAAACAAGAGUGCCAAUGGUGAGAUUCAUCGCUCUAUUUUGAAGACAGCAUGUGUAAGAAUUCUGGAUUCCCAACAAAAUGUCCAUGUGUGUCGCGCCCUUUUGGAUUUUGGAUCCGAGAUUUCUGUGAUGACAACCGAAUUGUGCCAGAGAUUGAGAUUGAAGUUGCAAAAGUCCCCUUACACUCAAGUUGAAGGAUUUCAAGGACAAGUAAGCAGCCUCAAGCAUCAAGUGAAUGCAAUCCUCAUCCCUCAGGAAGGAACGCAAAUUUCUUUGCAAUGUCAGGUUUCACAAAAGAUUUCCACCAAUUUGCCUACAUCUCAGAUAAACCCUCGGGAUGUAAGGGUUCCCACGGGAUUCGUGCUCGCUGACUCAGAGUGGCAUGUGUCUAGGCCAAUUGACCUACUCAUCGGAGCAGCACACGAAGACGAAAUUAUGCUGGACGAAGUUUACAAAAUGGGCCCAGGAAUUCCAUCACUCAGAAAUACCGUCUUCGGUUGGGUAGUUUGCGGAAAAUGGCAGCCUAAUGGCGCACAAUCAGCAGACACUCCCCCCGUUUGCCACACAAUAUCCCUGAAAACCAUUGAUGAGACCCUCAGGAAAUUCUGGGAACUCGAAGAACUCUCAGAAGAAUGUCCACAAACGGUCGAGUAUAGGGAAGUGGAAGAAUUAUAUUCAAGUACGACAAAAAGAUCGGAAAACGGUCAGUACAAUGUUCGUCUACCUUUGAAGGGAAACUUCGGUGAACUCGGAUCUAACCGAAAGCGAGCUUCAAGGCAAAUGAACUUCCUAGAGAGAAGGUUCUCACAGAAUCCUCAACUAUACAAGGAGUACUCUAAUAUCUUUGAAGAGUAUCUGAGUUUGGGAAUCAUAGAGAGAGUGCCUCUAAUCGAGCUUCAAGCUAAGUCAUAUUACAUGACACAUCACUGUGUUGUUCGAGAAAACGCGUCAUCUACCAAAGUCAGGAUCGUUUUCAACUGCGGAUCUGUUUCUGAGACCGGCAUAAGUCUCAACGAUGUUAUCAAAGUGGGGCCUGUCGUUCAACCGGAGUUGAUAGAGAUCUUGUGGAGAUUUAGACGAUUCCCGAUUGCACUAUCCUGUGACAUUGUCAAAAUGUAUUUGCAGGUACAACUCAAUGAGGAUCACAGAGAUUUGCAACGUUUUCUUUGGCGAACAUCACCAAGUGAACCAAUCAUGGACUACAGGUUCAAGACCUUGUGUUUUGGCAAUGCUGCGUCACCCUAUCUUGCCACAAAGACGUUGAUCAAACUUGCAGAAGAUGAAGGAGAAAGUUACCCACGAGCAGCAGAAGUUCUUCGGAACAAUUUUUACGUGGAUGACUGUCUAUUGUCAGUGGAGACCACAAAGGAAGCGAUCGAGGUGCAGAAAGAUCUCAUUAGUCUUCUCGGCAAAGCUCAAAUGAAGCUAUCCAAGUGGCAAUCCAACUCUCCGACAGUACUUCAAACAUUGCAAGAAGGCAACACAGAGGCAAAGGAAGUCUCAAUCUCUGAUGGCUGCGUGAAAGCGCUAGGAUUGAUGUGGAAUCCGUCAAACGACACCUUUUCAUUUCAAGUCGAUACAAUGGUCGAGAAUUUAGUUCCAACCAAGAGAAAUAUCCUGAGAGUGGUGGCAAGGAUUUAUGAUCUGCUAGGACUACUAGCCCCCAUCACAAUCAACGCGAAAUUAAUCUUGCAGAAUCUUUGGAAGAAUGAGAUUGACUGGGAUACCGAGGUUGAGGGAGAUAUUUUGCGAGAGUGGAAAAAAUUUAUUGCCUCACUACAACACAUUCCGUCUAUGAGAAUAUCUCGAUGGACAUCGAAAAACGAAAAUGUUUGUGAAGAGCAGCUCCACAUGUUCUCGGAUGCCUCCAACCUAGCCUAG